AGAGUUUCGUUGUGGUCCUCGUUAUAAGAGCGAUGGUUGCGGAGGACAUCAUUAUUCCUGUGAAGACGGUUGCCUGACCUCAGUGAUCGUGGGCAGCGGCUUGCCAACGACUAUUUGUAAUGGAAUGCCAAUGAGGAAACUAUGCUUGUAGGGUCCUGUAUUGCUGUCCCGGCAAGUGAUAGCGGCUGAACUCGCUGCAGCAUCUUGGCUCUCCCCCUCUCUCUACGGAGCUGUUGUGCGCACACGUUGAUGGCGUGUGUUGAGCUGGACUGAGAAAAAGAAAAAACCGUGACAAGCCAUCCUGAGCUGAGCUGAGCUGAGAAGGUCAAGACAGAUUCAAGCGCAUCGCCAGACCAAGGAUUAUCUACACCGUACCAGCGCGGCGCUGUGGUCUUGUCGCGGACGAAAAGAAAAACAGAAAAAAAAACAGAAAAAAGAAACAAAACAUUUCCGGAGCCACGCGGGGGGCAGUACAGUCUACCUCAGUACCUGGUCUACCGGUGCACCAUGAGUGAUUCGGUCUCCGUCAAGGUGACUUCCCUGGAUCAGCGUGUCACAGAGGAUGACUUGGAGCGAGCAUUCGGCAGCUAUGGGACCAUUACUAGUCUCAACCUGCGGGACAGUUCUCCAGCUAAUCACUGCUUCAUCAAUUUUGAGACAGCAGCAGAAGCACACCGCGCCAUGACGAACAUGAAUGGCAAGGACAUGCGUGGCAUGCGAAUCACCUGCAAACUCCAGGGCAAGAGCAAGGGAGGCUCAUCAUCGGCACCGAUCGGUGGAGCGAGGCCAGUCGGCGUCAGUACCAGUGGUCGUGGCCGGGCGCCCAUAUCCAAACCAAGAUCUGCUGCACGCGACCUUGUUCCACAUACAGUGCCAGCUCCACAGAAAACGGCUUUUCGGCCAGCAGUAGGUCACCAUGGCUCUGUCGAGUUAGAGUUGUUACCAUGCCAACAAAGAUUCCUGCGCCAAAAGCGACCGCGCCAGCUUGUUGACAUCCAAAGGAAGUUUCGUGUUGAGAUUAUCUUCUCCGAUGACUGGAGUAUAGUUGGGAAAGGAGGCAAAGUAGCCAAGGCAAAGGACGCCGUGCAAGGACUCGUCCAGUCUCUACCGGUGCAAUCGAUGAUCGUUGGGCAGAAACAAAGCUUCCUGGAGCAACACUUGCUCAAGCACUUCAACGAGCUACGCAGCGUCAUCGAGGAGGUCAAUGAUGCUGUGCUCAUCGUGCCUACGUUUGGACUAGAGCUGGACGAGGACGGUGUGUUCCAUGGGUAUGGACGCGGCGGUGGUGGCCGGUCAGCCACCGAGCCAGGUGGCAGACGUGGCGGCGCACACACUGGAGCGGGUAGGGACCAGUCCAAGGCCGACUACACUAUCACGUUCAUGGCCGGCGAUGACGCUAUACUGAGGAACGUUGUGGAUCGCAUCAACGAAGUUGACGGCAACUGUGCCUAUGCGUCCAUCAAGGUGACCCGCGACGACGGCCAAAAGAUCAUCGACGCGAAGAAAGCCAACAGACUGCGGCCAUACCUGCAGCGCGCCAAUAUCAAAGUCAGCGGCGGUACUGUGCACAUCAAUGCCAUGUCCCGCUCUGAAGUCAACCAGACGGCAGCAGAAGUGCAGGCAUUCAUCUCGGGGCUGGAGGCCGUGCAGGAAGAGUUUGACUUUGACGACCAUGCAAUCGGCCAUCUGACAGUUCUGUCCCACAUGCCACGCAUUGAACGCAUGGCCACACAGCACGGCGUGCACGUGAAUACCGUGCGACAGAACAGACACUCUCCAUCUGAUCGUCGCGAGAAAGCCAGCCUGGUCAUCAGCGGUGAACGCGGGAAUGUAAGGCAGUUCAGUGACGUCCUCCGAAUGGAUGCCAAGGAAAUGGCCCGAUCCACCACCGUAGAUCAGGUCCGUGUGAAUGGGCUCGAGACGGUGAUUUUGACGGACUACCUUUCAGACAUCGUCAGCCUGGAGGUGAACUGUGGCGUGGUCUUCUCCUGGGAUGACAGCCUCAACCUGCAGCCUGCAACUGAUAAGAACAGCAGUCUGAGUAGAUCUACUUCUGGCAGUGCUGGUGCUGGUGCAUCUAAAACCACUGGCUGCUGGGAGUGGAAAGAUGAUGACGGGUGGAAGCCAUAUCCUGCAAACGUCUCGGCUAGCCUUGAUCGGCUGCUUUCGAGCCGUUCGAAAGGAAAACUUCAAACCCACGGGAAGGAGUACAUUCUGGAUCCAAUGACGGGGAAGCAGAUCAAUCAGCAAACUGGAUUUCAGCGUGACAUUCGCCAGCGACCAGUGUCGGGCAGGCAAACCGCUCAGUGGCAGUUUCAAAACGACUCGGGUGGUUUCACAAACUACUCCCAUGAUCUGAAUGCUGAGCUUGAAACGGCGAACGGACAGCUUUCCCGGUUCACGAUAGUUCAUAAUCGUAUGCAGUACACCAUUGAUUUCACCAGCAUGAAGCAAACGAACAAGACCACUGGUACAGUUCGCCGCAUUCAGCGAGUGUUGUCUCAAUCGCCGGGGGGUCGUAGGGAAACCGGUGCAUUGCCAUCAGCGUUCGACCCGUUCAAGGACGGACGGCUCGUCAACACGGGCGCCGUGCGCAUACACGGGGAUCGGCAAGCAGUCCAGACUGCUAAGACCGACCUGGCUCGUGUCUUGAACGACAGGAUUGUCGACCAAGAAAUGCCUCUACCGUGUAGUAUGACAGCUGAGCUGGGCGCGAGCCUUUCCGACCUUUGCUGCCGGUGCGUCGUGACCAUGGAGAUAGCCGCAUCAUCGUCAUCAGCAGUGGCUGCGUCUACACCAGGUACUAACUGCGUCACAAAUACAGGUAAGAAGUCCAUUGUCAUCAAAGGUACACAGAAACGAGUGGAUGAAGCUACACGCAAACUUCUGCCCAUGCUCAUGGGUGCAGUCGAGGUAGAUGCUAUAAGCUAUCCUCCGGAUUGGGAAGAACAGGAUCGAGAAGUGGAACUGAAGCCGAUGGUUGCCCUGUCUCCCGACUACCAACGCGUUGUCCAGCAGUUCCGUGCCUCCAUGAGCAAUGCUACGAUCAUAAGCGUGGAACGUGUGCAGAAUAAAUUUCUUUGGGAGAAGUUUUUGCCCGUGAAGAAAUCAAUCAAGAAGAAGAUCGGCCACGAGCCAGAGGAGAAAUUCCUCUUUCAUGGCACCCGGAAUAAUCCUCCACGAGUGAUCUAUCUGGACGAGGAGGGCUUUGAUCUGCGGUUUUCUUCGGAGGGGCUGUGGGGCAAAGCCAACUACUUUGCUACCGAUGCCAGCUAUUCACAUAAUUAUUCAUACUGCCUCAACGGACAACGGCAGAUGUUCCUCGCGCAGGUUGUCACUGGUGAUAGCUACACAUGCCCGCAUGACCAAGAAACGCGGAAGUUCACAAUGCCACCCGUCAAUCCAGGAGCCACAUCGGCCUCCCUUGGUGACCAAGUUCGCUACGACACUGUCAGUGGGCGCACAAAUGGCACUCUGGUUUACAUGGUGUACCGUAACUGCCAGGCCUACCCAGCCUACCUGAUCACCUACCUGACUGUUUAGUGUCCAACCAGCAAGCAUGAUCUGCACUGGUCAGCAUCCGCCCUGCACUGAGCCGAUGGCAUUUUCCAACUCCAUUUUAAUUAAACACCACUCCCGUGUAUUAUGGUGGUGACAGUCAAAUGUUUUCUUCAGAUUUUCUCCUUUCAACACCCUCAACUGAUGGAUGCGUGUGAUAUGAUCCAGAGCAUGUGACUGGCCGUGACCCUUUCACGGUACAUGUCGGCAAGGCGCUUUGCAACUUGCAUACAGGUGUCCAAGCUCACCAUUACACCAGUUGGAAGCAAGACAUCCAUGCAAAUAGCACACAAAGACAGUUUGUCUCUCUUGUAGAAUGUAUAUGAACUGAAAAAUGAUGUUCGUCCAAAGCAGAACACCCAUACAACUCUGUUCAACCGUCUUUGAAGUUGUGCACUGUACUGUUGAGGCAACGAACUAAAAUAUAAAAAAAUUAACAAAAACAAAAAAGAAAGGCAGAGGACAAAAUGUUACGAGUUAUGACAAACUGUCCACCAACGUAUCCGAGUUCAAAAACAAAAACUGCAUAAUUACACAGACAAUUGCCUCUCGUAUGAAAUGUGUACCAUGGUAUACGGAUGCCAUGGCCCAAAGCGGGACUGUCCUGCACCAGUUACCUGUUGAGGACGGGGCGGUUGGCCACAGGCUGAUUGCAUAACACAAUAGUGAUUCAUAUUGUUUCAAUUUGUCUCCUUCCCAGCAUUCUAAUCUACUCAAGUUUUUUCUAGCACCCAUUCAACAUCAAUACUCUUGUAGUCACUUUUCUGUGUCUGCUAUAUUUAAAAGCAGACACAGACAACACUGUUAGUUCGCUCUUGCUCAAACUCUAUCCUUUUCUCUUCCGGUACAACUUGGCACCGACAUGUAUGGCCACUCUAGUUUGCUUUUGUCCACGAGUGCGGAUGUUUGGUUUGUUUGUUUUCUCUUUCGGUUUUUUCGGUUUUCUUUUGUUUCCACAAAUGUAUUAUUUUUAGAAAACAAGUUAGUUGUGCUCUCCGA